AUGAGGACCGGCCAGCAGCCAGCAUCGCAUGUCUUCAGCCCCCUUGUAGUAUGCCUCAACUUCUCCUCCCCCCACCCCCUUCCCCCUCCCACCCGUCUUGCCCAGCUGCUGCCGUGCAUGGGGUAUGAGGACCGCCCAGCAGCCAGCAUCGCGUCUCGCUUUGUGCACGCCUCCACCAACAAGAUCCGCUGCCCCAUCAACCAAGUCGUGUGGACGCCCACGGGGCGGCGGCUGCUGACAGGGUCGCAGAGUGGCGAGUUCACGCUUUGGAACGGGCUCUCGUUCAACUUUGAGAUGCUCAUGCAGGCCCAUCAGGUGGCAGUGAGGAGUAUGGUGUGGAGCCAUAACGGCAACUGGCUGGUGUCAGGGGACGAAUCAGGAUGCAUCAAGUACUUCCAGACCAACCUGCGCAUGAUGAAGGAGAAUGCCGCGGCCCACAAGGAGUCCGUGCAGGGCGUCAGCUUUUCAAGCUCAGAUCUCAAGUUCUGUUCGUGCUCUGACGACACAGCAGUGAAGGUGUGGGACUUUGCGCGCUGUCAGGACGAGGUCACCCUCGCAGGCCAUCGCUGGAACGUGCUGUGUGUCGACUGGCACCCCUUCAACUCCCUCAUCGUCUCUGCCACAAACCCCCUACGUGUGGCUCAACCUAGCAUCUCCUUGGCACGACCUACGUCGUCGCCGCCCUCCCCUCCCUCCGCCGUGAUUGCGCCCUCCUCGCCUGCGGAUCCCACCGCCGCGAGUGCAUCACCGCCCCCCGUCGCCGCGACACACCGUCGCUGCCCCCCCCCCCCCCCCCCCCCCCCCCUCCCCCUUUUUUCCGCCGCCGCGCCUUCUCUGGCGCCGCCUGCACAUCCCGCCGCGACGCCUCGUCGCCGCCUCCUCCUCCCCCUGCCGCGACCCCCCGUCGCCGUCUCCCUCCCGCCGCCGCGCCUACUUCGGCGUCGCCCACGCAUCCCUCCGCCGCGACGCCCCGUCGUCGCCUGCCCCUCCCGCUGCCGCGACGUCGCGUCGCCGCCUCCCCCCACCGCCGCCGCGCCUUCCUCGGCGCCGCCUGCGCAUCCCGCCGCCGCGACGCCCCGUCGUCGCCUCCUGUCCCGCCGCCGCGACUUCGCGUCGCCGCCUGCACUCCCCAUCGCCGCGACCCCCCGUCGCCGCCUACGCAUCCCGCCGCCACGACCCGCUCGUCGCCGCCUGCACGAUCCGCCGCCGCGACUUCGCGUCGCCGCCUGCACGACCCGCCGCCGCGACUUCGCGUCGCCGCCUGCACGACCCGCCGCCGCGACUUCGCGUCGCCGCCUGCGCAUCCCGCCGCCGCGACCUUCUCGUCGCCGCCUGCACCCCUUGCCGCCGCGACCUUCUCGUCGCCGCCUGCACCCCUUGCCGCCGCGACCUAAAGUCGCCGCCCGCGCGACCUCCUGCCGCGACCUGCUCGUCGCCGCCCGCACAUUCCGUCGCCGCGACCUAACAAUCGCCGCCCCCGCAUCCUACCGCCGCGACCUGCUCGUCGCCGCCCGCGCAUCCCGCCGCCGCGCCUUCCUCGUCGCCGCCCGCGCAUCCCACCGCCGCGCCUUCCCCGUCGCCGCCCGCGCAUCCCUCCGCCGCGCCCUCCUCGUCGCCGCUCGCUCAUUCCGCCGCCACGAUUCCCUCGUCGCCACCCGCGCAUCCCGCCGCCGAACGUUCCUCCUUGCCGCGGACCGCUCGGCGAUCAACUGGCAUUCCUUCGUCGGGAGCAUCCGCCGUGUUCUCCAAGAUGCAUUCGUCGGACCCUACUGCGUCCUUGACGUCCUCCUCCGCCGCCCGCAAGCCCUCCAGCCCACGGCACCCAAUCACCCCGGCGAACCCCCUCCACCCCCCAUUCCUCCUGGUCCUCCUCCUCCUGAACCCACCUUGGAGAUCGCCACUUCCCCAGCGCUCCAAGAUGCCGCCGAUGCCGCAUUUCUCCACGAUCGCCGCGAAUACCUCAUCCGCAAGGCGGAGCAUGAGGUUGCGGUACAUAACCACGACUUCGCGGUAGCGGAACGCGCCAAUCGCCUGGCGCUCCUUGAUGAGUACAAUACGGCCAUGGCGGACUACCUCCCUCGGAGCAUCGCAUGGGCCACUGCUGACAACCGCGCCUGCACCAUCCUCCUCGGCGCACUCCCUGAUACCCUCAUGCGCCGUUUCCAAGCUCGCGAGAUGCGCGCCUCCCUCAUCUGGGCCGAGCUCCAGGCCAUGUUCGAGCGUCGCGACAUCAGCUCUGUCGGCGCCCUGUUCCAGGAGUACUUCUCCAUCACCCUCGCCACUUGUGAUGGCGCAGUUGACUACGUGGGGCGCAUGCAGGAGGUCGCUGAUCGCCUUGCGGCACGCCAAGCUGCCCUCCCCGAGCCCCUGCAAAUCCACCGCCUCCUCUACAACCUCACCCCGGACUACGAGUCCCGCCUCCAUGCCUUCACUGAGGCCAACCCCAUGGCCGGCCUCGACGACGUGGUCCAGUGGAUCAUUGACACGGAGGUCAAGCUCCGCACCCCCGUUGUCAACCUUACCACCCCUCAGUCCUCCUCCUCCACCUCCCUCAACGCUACGCAGCCGCGCAACCAGGGUGGUCGCAGCGGCGGCGGCGGAGGCCGUGGAGCGGGUGGCGGUGGUGGUGGUGGAGGCCGUGGUGGUGGCGGUGGUGGUAGUGGUGGCCGUGGUGGCCGUGGUGGCGGUGGUGGUGGUGCUGGCAGCGCCCCUGCUGGAGGUGCUUGUUCCCGACACUUCUGGUAG